AUGACGAGCAACCCGACCGCAACCUAUACGCGUUUGGGCAACAGCGGCCUUCGUGUCUCCGUCCCUAUCGUUGGAUGCAUGAGCUUUGGCCUAUCUCAACAGCGGAAAUGGGUCCUCGAUGAGGAACCUGCCAUAGAAGUGCUCAAAGCAGCUUGGGACAAUGGCCUAUCAACAUACGAUACGGCCAACAUGUACUCGAACGGCGAAUCUGAGCGUAUUCUUGGCAAAUUCAUCAAGAAGCACAGCAUUCCUCGCUCUAAAAUUCUCAUCUUCACCAAAGUUCACCAUCUCGUCGUAGAACAUGACCCCAUGUUAUACGGGUUUCAGCAUCCUGAGCUACGGGAGACACGAGACUACGUUAAUCAGGACGGCCUUUCGCGGGCCGCUAUCUUCAACGCUGUUGAAGCCUCCCUUGAACGUCUUGACACACCAUAUAUUGAUUUACUGCAAAUUCACCGUUUCGAUCCACGCGUACCGGUCGAAGAAACCAUGCGUGCUCUUCAUGAUCUCGUGCAGAGCGGUAAAGUGCGCUACAUUGGCGCCAGCUCGAUGAAGACCUGGCGGUUUCAAGAAAUGAACAACAUUGCUGAGAAGAAUGGGUGGACGAAAUUUGUCAGUAUGCAGAACGAGUUUUCGCUCCUGCAGCGCGAAGAGGAACGAGAGAUGAUUCCCUACUGCAAAGCGAAGGGCAUUGGCCUAAUUCCAUACUCAACCUUUGCUGCUGGAAAUCUUUCUCGGCCUCUGGGACAUUCCUCGACACGGUCUGAAAGUGCUAAAGGAACGAUAUUCGAGGCCAAGUUUACUCCAGCGGACGAGAUGAUCAUUGGCCGUGUCGAAGAGCUCGCAAAAAAGAAAGGCUGCACUAUGUCACAGAUUGCAUUCGCGUGGGCAUUGCGAACCGUGGAUUCUCCCAUCGUUGGCUUGUCCUCGGUGCAACGAGUCGAAGAAAUUGCGAGCAGACCAGUUGAAUUGACAGAUGAAGAGUCGAAAUACUUGACCGAGCCAUAUGCACCAAAAGCCGAUCCUCCCAUCAUAGUAGCGCGCACCAUGUCCGAACCCAAAGUUGACACAGAAUCCAUGGCCUCUCAGGUCUUCGGCAUUCCUGAGCUAUUGCUUCUCAUUCUCUCCUUCCUGGCUCAGGAUGGGAAGGGAACCAUCUCAUCCGUGGACACGUCCUCUCUCAGCUGUCUUGCACGCGUUUCCCGCAACAUUUCGCAAGCAGCGUUGGAUGUUUUAUGGCGCACAAUGUAUCGACCUGACGCGAUUGUCAAUCUACUCCCAGAUGACGCAUACCAUAUAGCUGAAGUUAAUGGUGAGUAUGAACUUACUCGACCGUUGACCGAAGAUGAUUUCAUGGUCUUCGACAAAUACGCAUCGCGCGUGCACUAUGUCGAGUUCAGCAACUCCAGCGCAAAGCUUAGACGUGGCUGCGAGCUCUUCCCGUAUAUCAAGGAUUUCCGAUAUCCACUCUUCCCCCUUUUGAAAGAGUUUCGCUGGGAAGUCUCGGUGUACAAUGGCUCAAUCGGUGCCUUCUACCUGAUCUGUCCAGAUACUCCAGUUCCCAGCCAAGAACUCACUCUUCUAAUGUGGUCUGAGAUCGAGCAUACCUCGGGCCAGUCACUAGUCAUGAAGGAAACCAUCGACUCGUUCAACAACCCAGCACUUCCGUGGCUACCUGAUGUGGAGAGAAUGAACCUCCGUACACUCGAGUUUCUUCCUGGCAUUCGAAAUGCCAUCCGGCGAUUAACGAAACUCCAGCAUAUCUCAUUCGACCUUCGCGCCGACCCUCAAUUAUUCGAGCGGCUCUCAACACUUCCCUAUCUCAAAUCACUCGAUACUCGCCAUCUUCCACAUAAUUCCGUCUCCCUAUUGUCUCCAAAUACUGCAAGUUUUGCUUUACUAGAGUCGAUUCGUGUGUCAGGCGAAGUUGAAGCGCUGUCUUCCUGUCUUCUCAGGAUUGCCUCCCCCAACCUCCACACAGUUCGACUUGUCCCCCAUCGGGACGAUUCCUUCGUUCCUACUUCGCUCUUCCAGUCUUUGGUUCCAUCGUCAGUUCCUCAGCGCACAACAAGUAUGACGCGUUUCACCUUCACCUCUCCUCACGGACGCGACAAGGUCGCCCUGAAACUCGUCAUCGCUUCAUUGUCUCCCCUCUAUGCUUGCCGCAAUUUAGAGGUAUUUCGUGUCGAUGUGGAUCCCGGAGAACUCGUUGUUACUGAAUAUGAUGUUCACGCAAUGGCCACCGCCUGGCCGCGGCUCGUCGACAUCCUUAUUGCCCCUCCUCGCUUAUCCGCUCAACAAGGGCACCAAUUGCCACUAUAUUGCCUCUGGGACUUUGCAGUAUGGUGUCCCCGCAUCGAGCAUCUGGCCAUCGAGGUUAAUGCUGAUGUCUUUGUGGCGUUUGUCCCUCCCAACGAUGGCCGGCUUCCGAGCAUCGACCGACCACAGAUGACUGAUUUGGUUUUGUUUUGUGCGCCUUGCGGCGACCCGGAUGUUGUUGCGUCCUUCAUCAAGCUGGCGUUUCCCAACGUAAGCGCAAGGGCAUUUCAGGCAUAUGGGACUAUACAUCGGCCGGAAGAUGUAACACGAUGGGCUCAAGUGACGGCUGAGCUGCCUACGGGAGACAAGACUUCGUUUGUCGUGCCCUAA